UUCGAAUGUGACGUCUAUUUUACGUUCACGUCUCCGCCAGUGUUUUUAAAAAGCGGCGGUUGCUCAUCGACCACCUUUUUGUGAAUAAGUAAUAAUAAUUUCUUUAUUGUGGUAUUCCAGGACAAUACAAACACUAGGAUCCUGGUGUUUUUCUGUCAAGUUGUAAGCAUCCCUACUGCACCAGGAUAAUGCAGCAACAGCAGGGUGCAGAGGAGGGAGGCCUCCUUGGCUCACUGUGUCCUGGGCAGAAGAAGCUGCAUGGGAAGACCUUUUAUCUGGACAGUUUGAAGAAACGCUCCACGGCGCUGCUUUUGGAGGCUGUAUCUCUUCUAGGAGGGAAGGUUGAGAGUUUUCUGCACAAGGAUAUAAGCUUUCUUGUGACUGGAAGCCAAGACGGCCUGAAGGAGCAGAAGUCUACAGAUAUCAAAAUAGAAGCAAACGGGAAGAAUGAUGAAGCUCAGCAUCCAAUAAUGCAGCGAGAGAGCAUCCUCAGCAGAGAAAAACGGCGACCAGGAACUCCUAGACCGACGGCUUGUGGCAGCCGUGGGAAGGCCCUGCUUGAAAAAGCCAUUCGCAACAAUGAGCGACUGCAUACAAGCAGUGUUUUGAUGAAUGCUCGAUCCUGGGGAGUGAAGGUUGUGUAUGUGGAUGAUGUCCUUUUAUAUUUGAAACACUUGACACGGGAGAGCUUCGAUGCUCCAAACAAGAGGCCGGAGCAAAAGACUCACACCAAACAACAAGGUGCUCAAGUUGUCAAAGCUGUGGCUUUGAGGGCUUCCUUUGUUAAAAUUGAAGACUCAAGCAGGAAAUACAAGCCCAUUCUUUUGCAAAAUAUGACCUUGCCUACUCUGCGAUUCUCGGGCCGAUUUAGUCCCUUUGAAAUUCCUCCUCCUCCUCGGUUGGAAAAGCGGCCAGAGAAAGGAGAAGAUAAAACAAGGGAGAAGAAAACAGUUGAGAGCAGCAUCAAGUCUCAAACCCCACUCAGCUGCAAUCCUAUGCAGCCGCCCAAGAAGAACGUGUCUUACUGUGAAUGCUGCAAUCAACCCUUCCAUAAUCUGGAAGAGCACAUUCAGUAUGAACAGCACCGUGCGUUCGCGCUGGAUGCCUCAAACUACAGGGUGAUGGACCAACUCGUGGCUGAAAUGCUUCCAGGAUUCAACACCAAUCCAGAUCCACAGUCAGAAGAAGCACUGGACCGACCACUGACUCCUUUGCCUUUCUGUGAGCUGGAGCCUCUCACUGAUGCUGAGACGGAGCAUGCUGUCCAGUCCCUGCAGAGGGGUUCGCCUUCCAAUAUUCACAUCUCCAGCCCGACUCGGGGUCCUCUGUCCUCUGGAGCAGCCAGCCCGUCACCAGGAGUUCAGCUCACCAUCCCAGAUCCACCAGCCUCUCCUCCUGCUGACAUCCAGCCUUUCACUACCAACACCGACUGCCAACUUCCUGUCAGCCUUCCUCGCGCUUCCAGUCCAGCCAUGCCUGUUCUGGAUAUAGAACCACAAGACCACAACUCAGCCAACCAGCAUCUUGAUAUUCAAGAUCUCUCCCCCUGCCCAUCCCCUGACCCUUACUCCCUGCCUCCGGUCCUCAGUCCUCAAAUGCUUUAUACUUCUUACGUAAUGGAGCCGCACUUCCUGUACUCAGAGCCUCCUGUCCUCAGUCCUCAAACCUACCCUGCAGAGGAGGCUGGGGAAGGACACACGUGUGAAAUGGACACUGAAGACAGUGUGUCGCACUCUGUCCCAGAUCUUACCCGACUUUUUCCUUUUGUGUCUCUGACUGAUGCAGAAGGAGUAGAGGAAUCAAACCAAGAAACCUUUUUAGCUCAAAUCACAUGUUCCACUAAUGGUUUCAAGUUGGUUACGCAUUUGUCACACAGAUCCCGCUCCCUCCCUCGGCACCAGUCAGCGACGGAACCAAACCCCAAAAAGCGCUGUAGAUCAGCCAGCCCUGAACACAGCCGGAGCAAAAGGAGGAGGAUUACAGCAGACUUUGGCUACAGUGGUAGCUGGACUACACAAGGGCACACAGCUGCCAAACCAGAAAGAGACACUAUGGCAGAUCCUCAGCACUCUUCGUUUUUCGAUAAAAUCUUUUGUCGGGCAAUACAGCGAUGUCCCGCACCAGAUGUCUCGUCAACAUGCAAUGUGGAGUCACUUGGCUCAAAACAGACUUUAACCACAUUUUGUGUUCCUACUGUACUAAACUUCCUUCAAACACCACAGCGACUAGAAACUUUAGGUUAUGGUGGCACUUCUGCUGCUGUUCAAAUAUCACAGCCACUGUCCUCAACAUCAAAGACUUGUGAUCCUCCACUCCAGUCCCCCAAUGAUCAAUCUCCCAGUGAGCUUUCCAGUCUAGACUCCAAACGGUUACUUUCUCACUCUACCUCGGUGUGCAUCGAGUCAUCCCUCAUCCCAGACUUAGCCAGGCACUCUUCGUCAUCAUCGGACUCUGACUGGGACUGUGGCCUGCUGUCACGCCUUGGGCCGACCUCCGCUGCUCCUCUGUCGCCCGUCGAACAAAGCUGCGAGCUCGACCCGAAGCUCCUCCACAUGCCGUGCACCUGGAUGCACGACACCAGCUAUGAGUCACGUCUGCACGAUGUCCUCCAGCCGCCUAACCCGGCCGGCUCACUGUGCGGGGAAGAAAUGGACCCUUCAGCUUUUUCCCGGACUUUGGUGCAGAUUGUUGAGGUUCAGUACUGAUGGCCAUUAUCUUGGUCAAUUUAAAGAACGGGAAGGACCGCUACCAGGAAAUUGUUCAAGGUUUAAAGGCUCAGGACUUUGCAGCUGCGGAUCACACUGCAAGAAUCAAUGGGCCAAACUCAUCAAAACGAGUCAAUAGAAUGUACACACAAUACAUAUCUGGAACUUAGUGCAAACAACAAAGUAAUAUUCAGGUGUUUUUACAGAUGCUGAUUUUUAUUUUUUUUGUUACUUUAGAUUUUACUUCAUCGUGCAUUUGAAGAGCAUCCAUUAUCAUUUUCUCCUGUCAACCCUUUAUCCUCUUGAUGCACAGAACUCUAAGCAAUAUUCUGUAUGUGGUGCUGACUCAGCCUUUCAGCAGCUAUGUCCGGGAACACAUGGUGGUAUUGAGAAUUUAAUGAGGCUUUUCUGAAAGGGGCAUUACUCAAUUAUUGUAAGUGCUGCGUCUGGAUCAGAUCCCACUCGCGCCGGUGUUGAUGAAGCCUUCGUGGAGUGGAGGACUUGCACAACCUGUGAGACAAAAAUCUGUCUGAUUUAAUGUCGAAAUAGCUCUUUCCUUGUGAAGGUCGGCCAAAGGACUGACUUUGUCAAGGAGAGCGGCUGCUGGGUUGUGCUGCAGACGCUACAGGCAGGUUUAUUGUCCUAACUUGUCAAGUGUAAGGUCACCUACCAUUAAAGACUCAUCAUUGCUUUUAACAAAUCAAACAACAAUAGUCAAUAACCCGUGUUAUUCACAGGUCACACCUUCUGAAUAUACAGAAUGCAAUAAGCAAAGAGAAACCACACACGGUUUCAGUUCAGGGAAGACAAACAGUUCUCUUAAUAACUUGUGUUGUAAAUUCUUGUACAGUUUAAAAUAAAUGAUUUUACCAUAAA